AUGUACACACACAGCAACGCCUCCCUCUCACGCGCCGCCGACUCCCUCGCGCAUUUUCUCUCGCCGCCGGACUCAUCCACGGCGUCGCCAAUGCAGUACGCCAACGCUCCUCAACACCACCACCACCAAUUGGCCCUGGGCGAGUUCGACUCGGAGGUGAGUUCGAAUAACACGUACAACAGCUGCAGCAGCGGGUGCACGAGCUACAUGGGGUCGCCGAGUUCGCUGGCGAGUUACGAGAGUCGGCGAGUGCAGAGGAGCGUUAGCAGCCACUCGCUGCAGAAGACCGGCGGUGGGGCCCACCACCCCUUUUCUCCUCUCUUCGCUCAGUUGCUUGACUCCCAAAACGGCCCCGUACGGAGAGCUUGUAGUACCGGUGACCUUCAGAGGUUCCAUGGAAUGCAACAUUAUCAUCAUUCAGAUAGUCCAUUGUCAAGUGAAAGUAGCUUGAUCAUAGAAGAAAUGAGCAGAACCAGUCCUUAUAGCCCAGAGGAGAAGAAGGUGAGGAUUGAGAGAUAUAGGAGCAAGAGAAACCAGAGGAACUUCGGCAAGAAAAUUAAGUAUGCUUGCAGGAAGACAUUGGCAGAUAGCAGGCCACGAAUCAGAGGGCGAUUUGCCAAGAAUGACGAAAUUGCAAUGAACCCACCAGUUCAGUGGAGCCACAUGGGUACUGGAGAGGAAGAGGAUGAAGAAGAAGAGAAUUGGACCAAUUUCUUUGAUUCCUUGGUUCCUGCAAAUCUUUCUCAGGAGCCUCAUGGCAGUAGUUCGUCCUUCGGCGUGUUCUAUUAA